AUGAGUGACGACAACAUCGUGUUCCAGUAUGCCAACGAGUGCGAGCUUGAGAUCCACUGCUCUCCCUUUGGGCUUCUGGGUAUCUUCAUCAAAAUUGUCGGCACCGACUUGAUGGGUAUCGGCAGCACCAUGGGGGUGAUCACGGGCACUACUAAAGGACUCAUCCAUUAUAACGACUCCAACGACUUGAUCAACCAGAAAUACAAGCUCUACGUGGUCAUUGACGACGAUGACAUGCUCCGCAUCGAUUUCACCAAGAUUUUCUUCCCUGACGACGAGGAGAACGCCGCCCAGGUCGACAGCCCCGCCACCCAAGGCGACGACGUCGAGGUGCCGACGCUUAUAUUUCGCGGCAAGUGUCCCGACGGACGCCCCGAUAAUAUUGAGCCGUUUAUCGGCAUCUUCAGCUUUGAAAAGGAAGACUCUUAG